AUGUCCAAAAAGCCCAUCGACGAGUGGCAGCCCCCUGUCCCUCCUCAUGACAAGCGGCUUAGCAGCCAAUCCUCCAGAUUCUCACACGGCUCAUUUCAUAACGCUGAGGUUGGAGAAGCCGUGCCAGUUCCUAUAAAAAGAUCGGAAAGUGUCAGAACACAAGGAAGCGUCAAAUACUAUGAGGGUUCUCGAGUUCCCUCUGAGGCUCCUACCACUACGGACGAAGAGUCAAUGUACUCCGAGCACCAGGUUAAGCUUGGUAGACUCAAUACUAGGGUGAGUCAGGCUCCCAACGUGGCAGGCCCUCUGAUGACAUUGAACACAGAGGUUGAAGAUGUGGUGCCCCCUAGGCUGAGAAGAAGACCCAAGAGCGAGAUCUUACCAUCACCAACCCGUGGGUCCAAGGACAGCUCCCCCAAACAUGCUCAUAGAUUUUCCGUCAACAUCACAGACGAUUUGGACAAGCUCAUGGAGAACGCCAGCAGCUUGAGGAGUGAGCCAUUGGACGAUGAGCCAUUUGGCGUCACCAGUCCUACUGAGCUGCACUAUACCGCACCAGAGCCUUCUUCCAUACCUGGUAACACUAACAGACAUUCCACUUUUUCGUCUGGCAGCUUCGAAACAGCCGACAGUGGAGAAGGUUCAGAUGGGUUACCUCAGGUUCCAGAGCAUACCGUUGGCAGUCGUCAAUUGCCCAAGAGGCCAAGCCCACAGAGCUUGGAGAAGGCCAGAGUUGCAUCACACCAGUUCAGCUUGUACUCGCGCGAGGAAGGUGAAAGAACUCUCAGCUUCCAUGAGCUGGAAAAGGAAGGUGACGCGGGAGAUGAAGCCGAACCUAAAGAAGAAGGAAUUCAGCGUCCACACCAUGUUAUGAGCAGCGAGGAGGAGUAUGGAAAAGCCUACGAAAGAGAGUUUGCAAAGGAGCAGGGAUUCACUCCCGAGGGCACCAGUGAUGCAGGCACUAGCGUGGGUCCUAGUCGAGGCCCUAGUCUUCGUGCUGCAGUGGUUGCAAAAGAAGCUGCGAAAGAGGAAGGUGAUGUUGAGGGCCUCAAUGUAGCUACUGGAGUUGCGGCUGGCGUUGCUGCUGGAGCUGUUGCUGGAGGAGCUGUUGGGCUUGCUGCUGGAAAUGCUGAGGGCACCGAAUUGGAGCCACCAUUGGAAGCCAAUCGUGCACCAGUAGAGGAAACCAACGAGAACACUGAAAAGCAAGAACCAGGCCUGCCAUACCUAGAAAGACCACAGGCUGGUACUUUACUUGCAAAAAGCGACCCUGACAUUGUUGCUGCGAGAGACAGUGUCUACACGGAUCAUGGACUUGGACUCGGUCACGACGACGAGUACUACGAUAUUGAGGAGCCCGUGGUGGUGAACCCAGUGAGGGCCAAGUCUGUGAAGGACAAUAUCCAGAUGCCCAAGCGCAAGAGCACCAAGCGUAAGGCGCGGAAAAAUGUUCGCAGUGGCAGCGGAGGCAUGAAGCCAUUUUCGUACAACACGCUCAUCAAUCUCCUUGAGAGCAUCAACGGUGCUGUGAUUGGCGAAGAAUUCGAGACGCUCAGCAUCCCCAUCAAGGAAAAGCAGAUGAUCGAGAAGAUCGUGGACUCGUUGAGUCGGCUCACCUCCGACAUGAUUCUCGAUGAACAGCGGUACGAGAUUGGACUCGAGCGGCUCGAGAAAGCACAUCGUGUGCUUGAAGGAUUUAUGUAG